GCGCCGCCGGCACGCGGAUAUGCAAAUGACCCCCUCCUCCUUCAGGGCGGCGCUCUGGUUGGUGGAGAGCGGGCGCGAGCGCACGGCGGGAGGGGUUGGCGGGUCGGGGGGUCGGGCUCGGCUCAGUCAGCCUUCGCUCCCCGCGGGUCCCGCCCCGCCCGCCCCCGGGGCCGAGGGGAUGCUGGAGCUGCCGAGAUCUCUGGCCGAAGCCGCGGGCCUCGGGAGGCGGCGCGAGGGCUUCGUUCGUGUUUGUUUCCGUCCUGGGGGCGGGGCGCGGGCUUCCAGCUGACGGCGCGGGAGCCGGGCCCCGAGCAGCGCCGUGCGGUGCCGCGGGUCUCCCCGCGCUCCCCCAUGGCCGCGGACCCCCGGGUGCUGGCCCUGGCCGCGCGGGUCGCUGAGGGCAGCGAGCGGGACGCGCCGGGGCUGCUGCUGAAGUUAAAGGAAAUUUUAAGCAGUGCUUCCUUGGGGCAUCAGGAGUCCAAGAAAAUUAAGCAAGACAUAUACUUCUAUGAUCUGAUUCACUACUGCAUGCUGGUCCUUAGACAAGAUUGCUCUCGGCUGCAUGGAGGCUGGGCUACUGCUGCCCAGCUUGCAGAGAUAAUAAGUCAUUGUUGUGUAGGACUGGAGGUGAAAGAAGAUCCUGAGGAAUUUCACAAGAAAUUUCUUCCUUCAGCUAUAGACAACCUGCUGUUCUUGGGAAGACGCCUGCAAGCGCGAUUUAUCCGAGCUGUCAAGGAUGAAGAAAAACAAGAUUUUUUACGCUAUUUCCAAACAGUAACUGAUGCCAUCUGCUGGCUGUUUGGUGGACAUAUUCAACUAACAGAGUGUGUGCUGCAAAAUGAUCACUUCCUGAAGUUGCUAAUAUCAGACAGCGUUGAAACAGCAGUUACAAUGAUGUCUGUUUUACACAGUAUUUUGGGGGUCAAUAGUUCUGUCUUGCUUCGGGUUGACGAAGAGAUCCUGCAUUCCAUAUUGGAUGAACUUGUUUAUAAGCUUUCAUCUUCCACCAACCCUGUCAUAGGAAACUCUGCUACAAAAUUGCUAUUGCUGAUGGCAAAAUUUUGCAAGCAGCUCCUGAAGUUACUGGCAACUCGCUACAAAGGAUUAAAUGUGCUUUUAAGUAAACAGUGGACUGGCAAAGGAUUUGACAGGGAUCUCAGUCAACUUCUGGACUUGCUAUACUUGGAACAACCCAAUGGAAAAGAGGAAAUGCAGAGGCAGCACCAGGCAGCUUGUGUAAUUCAGGCAACGUGGAAGGGAUUUCAGACAAGAAAAAGACUGAAAAAACUGCCCCAAGCAGUGAUAGCUUUGCAGAGAAGCUUCAGAGCUAAACGAGAACAGGAGCUUCAGCUUUCAAAAAAACAGAAGGAAGAUGAGGCCUUAAAACUGCAAAUGCAGCUCCAGAGACAGAGGGCCAUGAGACUCUUCCAUGAAAGACAGCUGGCCUUAAUGGAAAUAAUCCAUCCCAGUCAGAUAAAUAAGCACAUGCAGGAAAUGGAGGUGAAAUCUGCAUUAACUAUCCAGAGAUUUUGGCGAGGGUAUAGAGCAAGAAAAAAUUUUCAUCAACAGAAACAGUGUCUUAAGGAGUAUAAAGCAGCUGUCAUCAUUCAGAGAGCAGCUUGUAAGUUCUUGGAAAAACAAAGAAGAAAGAAAACUCUUUCUUCCUGGAAAGAUCCCAAAGGGCUGACUGAUGAGCAGAGAGUAGCUUUACAGCAGAAGGUGGAUGACUACAUCAAAUUGCAUCCGGCUUCCCAAAUGUCAGAAGAAAUGAGUAAAGAAUUACAUAUGCAGGCCCAGGAAAAGCUGGCACAGUUCCUGCUGAGAAGCAGGCUGGAUCAGAGAGCAGCACAGCGGAGAGAGACGUUACUGGCUCAGGUCAACACUGAUGUGGAGCUGCUAAUGAAUGCUCCGCAGUUAGCAGAGACCACAGAAAAAGAUCUGGCUGUUUUCAUGAGUCGAUCAGUCCCUGUAGCUACCAAGGCCAAAGAGUCCCACAAUGCUAUGCUGAAAUAUGCUCGCUGGCCAUGGUGGAAGAAGCUUGGAGAUGAGUUUGAGGAGGAUGAUGUCAUUCCUGAUGACAUCCUGAAUGCAGAACUUGGAAGUCUGUUUAUUGGUGGAAGGAAAUCCUUAUAGCUAUUGGUGGAAGCUCAUCCAUUUACAGGCAGAAGAAUCUGUUACUCAUUUAGCCAGGCUCAUACCGUGCACUGUGCAUUACUUGUACGUGUUUUUCAGGAAGAAAAAUACUUGAAUUCUGAGACAAAGCACUGAAAAAGAACAAGGUUUUAUUUUACUUACCUUAUUAAGAAUCUUUCUGUGCAUCAGCAGUAAAAUAUUGACUGUGCUAAAGGAUUUAGCUAAAGGAUAUCAAAAGGAUUUAAAUACUGUAGUUGCUAAUAAGGAUAUUUUAUAACUGUUACAAAAAGGAUUUAAAUACUUUAGUUGUAAAUACGGAUAUUUUGUAACUUUUAUAACUUUGACUGUAUAUAACCUUUGCAUUUUCACUUAUUACUUGCACUCAGAUGCAUAAAAAAUUAUUCCCUUGUAAAAGCCUGGGCUGUUGUACUUUGAGGUGAAGGUGGACUCAGAACAAAUCAAGACAUGAGAACUCAGGCAAGAAGGAAACAGGCUGGGUGUUUCCAGCAGGGUAGAACAGCUAACUCUGGUCAGCACAGGCAAAGCUUGGACUGAGGAAUCUCCACUUCUUACUUAGAAACAAGUGAAAAAGCAAGAAGAUGAAAAAUUUUGUUAGACUGUAUGUGUUUUCUUUUAAAAGCAUGCAGUUCCUUGCACAGCCAGUGCACUGCACUGUAACAUGGUCGCAGUCCAAACUGUUAAAUGGGAUCAAUAGUGUCAGCGUGGCCAUCUGCACCACCACCUUCAUCUUAAACCACGCAGAUAUCAUUUAAUUCAGAAAGGUCUCCAGCACAAUCACUGUGACCUGGUCUACGGUGAAAACCUGUAGUCAAGGGCCAAAGGCCACAGCUGAUCAAUCUGCAGAGAAAGAAAGGAGAACACAGGACUGCAGUAGGUGCCUGCGCUACUAAAGCAUUUAUUAGGUGAGAUCCAGAAAGUCUUAAUACUGCAGAGGAAGAAGAAGCACAGUGGUUUCUGCCAAUUGUAUACGGGCAGCAAUAUUGCUUCAGUGUGUUUGCUUUCCAUCUUCUCUAGAAGGUUUUAAUUUUAGUGAUGAAGGGAAAACAAAUAAAUAGAAAUAGUAGGCAGAAGUCCAAGGCCGUUCAGACGCAGCUGAUACAUUAAAAUUAAUAACUGGGCAGCUGCCAGGAGGAAGAGCUGUGCUCUGGGUUAAUUUUUUUAGCAGUCACAGUGAUUUGGAAGGCACUGAAUUGGCUCUCAGCUCCCUUCUUGGAGAGUUAACUGGUGAAAAAAUCCAUUAUUUUACAGGGCGCUGGCGUGUGACUGUUGAAUUACAUGUUCUGCACAGCCUUGCUUUUAGUUUUAGGCCAUGCUUAUAGAAACCAGGUGCCCUACGAACACCAGAGUUGGGGAGCUGGGGAUGAAAUCUUCCUCAGCAGCUGCCAAAUUCUAAUGCUGGAAAACGCCCAGCUUCCCCAGCUGAACUGCAGCAAACCACCUGUUUCCUUGCAAAUACACUGCCUCUGUCCUCCCUACACGUCAUUGUAUCCCCUGCUGUAUAGCCACUGACCCAAACUAUUUUGAGGCAGCAGCCUCUGCUGCUAUGUUUAUUCCUGAUCACCCUCAUUAUAACAGCUCUUUAACACAGGGUGAUGUGUGCAGAGGUGCUUUGCUUAAUGUAUUUUAUGUAAAGAGAUGAGGCCCCCUAGCCAGUGUUAAAUACCAAGUGAAUUAUAGAACACCUCACCAAAAAGCCAUUUAUUGUAAUGUUAAUGACCUCUGCCACUCACUGCCACUGCAGUGAGUAAUGAACUCCCCCUUUGAAAUAUACAAUUUGCUGGAUAAUGGCGCUUUUUUUUUUCUUUCUUUCUUUUUCUUUUUUUUUUUUUUUUAAGUGGAUGGAGAGCUGGGUGAGAGGUGCAGCCUUGCUGGAGGAAUUCAAGUUGUGGGAUUAUUUAUUACCACCCCAGAAGUGCAAAUUCCCCUGCCCUAAUAACUAAGAAUACCUCUUUGCAUUUUGUUCUUAUAACCGGGAAAUCUCAAUAUCUCCAUUUUACACACCAAAUGAACCAAGGCAGCAAAGCAGUGAGGAAGCAUGGCCAUGUACAAGCAGCAGACCCAGGGCUGCCGGCUCCUCUGCAGUGCCCUUUCUGCCCGGGGGCUGCCCCUCCCACCACUGCUGGGCUCAUAGCUGUCCAGGCUUUUCCUCGUGCACCGACACUGCACAUCAUUUGCUCCCACUGCGGUCCUAAAGGCAUGCCCAGAAAGCAGGGAGCUGAGGUUGUCUGGAAGCAUAAAUGCAGCACAGGUGGGCUGACCUUCUGGGAGUGGGGCUCAAUAUGGCUGUCUCUCUUUGGGCAUGCCUAGGUAGCCUGAUGGCAAAGCCUGGCUUGCAGCAGGGGUGCCUUCCUUGAUGCAGGGUGGCACAGGGCAGGGACAGAGGUGGAGCUGGAGCUGUGAAGGCAGCAGUGCUCAAUACAGGCUAACCUGGCCUGUGGAGGCGAUUUAGCUGAAUUGCAGGUUUCUGUUGCUGUGAUAAAUCGGACCAAUUUGUCAUGUGGUUUUGUUUCUUCCUUUCCCUCAGUAAAGCUAAACAGGAGCUUUACUGCAACCAUCUCGGCAGCACUAAAAAAUCUGGAAAACAAAUCCUUCUGUUGGUUACGGAUAAGGAGCAGCAGCUGUUCUGCCAGAGCUGCCACCUGAACUCACCUCCAGCACAGACACAGGCAUGGGCUUCAGGCGAUGCCUCUAAGAGCAGGGUACCCCCUGGCCAUUCAGAUGGCUGCAAAGGACCACUGAGCAGGACAGGGGGUACCGAGUUAAAACAGUAAGAAGGGAAUGGCCUCAAGUUGUGCCAGGGGAGGUUGAGGAUAAAUGUUAGGAAAAGUUUCUUCUCAGAAAGGCGCUGGCGCAGGCUGCGCAUGGAGGUGGUGGAGUCAUCAUCCAUGGAGGCGUUCAGUUCAUGGAGACAUGGCACUGAGAGACGUGGUUGGUGGGGAUGGGUUGGACUGGAUAUCUCAGAGGUCUUUUCCAGGUACUAUUUCAUCUUCCACCUCUCAGCCUCCUGCUGCUGAUUUCCCCAGGAG